AACAUGACAUUUGGCACUUAGGAAAAAGACACGAAAAUGGAGUUUCCAAAGACUUUUCUGAUUGAGAUCCUUAAGACUUUACAAUAAAUUUUAUGAGACUGCUAAACACAGAAUAAAUAGCCGGCUUAAUUUGUCUUUAUAUGGACUAAUUUUUCUAAUCCUUCUAAAAGGAACACUACUUAAAUAAGUGCAUCUAUGAUCUACCUUUCUGUUUUCAAUUUUGUUAUUUCUUCUUCAAUAAGUCUUCCAUGGGAACUCAAACUACAGAUGAUACAAAGUCAUUCGAUGACUUAAAAGGGGCAACAGCAGAUGCAUCCAGUUUUGAUGAAAGGACAGAAGAGCAGAAAGCCAUUGAUGCAUGGCUUCCAAUCACAGGAUCAAGAAAUGCAAAAUGGUGGUAUGCUGCUUUCCACAAUGUCACAGCCAUGGUUGGAGCUGGAGUCUUGAGUCUUCCAUAUGCCAUGUCAAAUCUUGGAUGGGGACCUGGUGUGGUUAUACUUAUUCUAUCAUGGAUAAUAACGUUAUACACACUUUGGCAAAUGGUUGAAAUGCAUGAAAUAAUACCUGGAAAACGGUUUGAUAGAUACCAUGAAUUAGGUCAAGAAGCUUUUGGUGAAAAACUCGGUUUAUAUAUCGUUGUUCCCCAACAGCUGAUUUGUGAAGUGGGUGUGGAUAUAGUUUAUAUGGUGACAGGUGGCGUAUCUAUAAAGAAAAUCCACAAAACUCUUUGUGAAGAUUGCAAAGAAUUCAAAACAACAUAUUUCAUUAUGAUAUUUGCUUCUGUUCAUUUUGUGUUGUCUCACCUUCCAAAUUUCAACUCCAUUUCUGGCGUCUCAUUGGCUGCUGCUGUCAUGUCUUUAACUUACUCAACAAUUGCAUGGACAGCUUCUGUGAAUAAGGGCAUGCAAGAAAAUUUGGAAUACGGGUACAAAGGCAAAACCCCAGCAGAAACAACAUUCAAUUUUCUUUCAGCUUUGGGUGACGUGGCAUUUGCAUAUGCGGGCCAUAAUGUUGUGCUUGAGAUCCAGGCAACAAUUCCUUCAACACCCGAAAAGCCUUCAAAGGGACCCAUGUGGAAGGGGGUGGUGGUGGCUUAUGUGGUGGUGGCUUUGUGCUAUUUUCCGGUGGCUUUUCUUGGAUAUUAUAUGUUUGGAAAUAAAGUCGCGGAUAAUAUUUUGAUUUCACUACAUAAGCCUAAAUGGCUUAUUGCUGCUGCUAACUUGUUUGUGGUUAUCCAUGUCAUCGGUAGUUAUCAGAUUUAUGCAAUGCCGGUUUUUGAUAUGAUGGAAACCUUGUUGGUGAAAAAAUUGAAAUUCAAACCAACUUGGAUCUUGCGGUUUUGUACGCGAAAUAUCUACGUAGCAUUCACAAUGUUUGUUGCUAUAACCUUCCCUUUCUUUGGAGGUCUCCUUGGAUUUUUCGGAGGCUUAGCCUUUGCCCCCACAACUUAUUUUCUUCCAUGCAUUAUGUGGCUUGCCAUCUGUAAACCAAAGAGGUUCAGCUUGUCUUGGUGCACUAAUUGGAUUUGCAUCUUUCUUGGUCUAUGUUUGAUGAUUCUAUCACCUAUUGGGGGACUUUACAAUAUCAUUAAGCAAGCCAAGGAUUAUAAGUUCUAUAGUUGAUCAUUAUCACUCAAAGUAAAAGUGGAAGAAAGCAAAAU